GGAGGAGGAGGAGUCUGCAACAGCCAAUCCUGCUUCAUGUCGUUGACCACCCGGCAGAAACAAACCUACCCGCUGGUGUUGCUGUUGGCUGCAAAGAAUCUGUUUUUAAAGAAAAGUAUCCGGGUUAUUGUAUCAUCGUCGUCUUUAUCUGUGUUUCCAAAACAGACAGAUAAAGAUGCUGUCUACUGGAGACGUCCAAGGCUGUCUUCGUAAACUGGAAACUCUGCUGCGGGUGAUUAAGUACCAAGGAUGUGUCGACUAUAAUGGUCUUUCCAAAGGAGAUCCCUUAGCUUUUCUACCAAUCGUGAGCUUCACCCUCACCUCCUUCUCUCCACCUUUUACUGAGCAACUAAUGGCAGCUGGACUGGAGCUGACUGGCAAAACUGACCUCCGAUUCACUGACACUCUUUAUAAGGUACUGCGAGAUGUCUUCCACUAUAAGCCCAUACUGACCAAGCAGCAGUUUCUCCAAUGGGGUUUCUCUCAAAGGAAAAUCUCUGUCAUCUGUGACAUCAUUAACUUGGUCCUGCAGAAACACAACCAACUGAAGAAGGUUGAUCAAUGCAAGCACAGUGCAAGGUUGUCAACACAAAAAGAGAACCUGAGCAGGACUGGAAACCCUAACCCUGCGAUGCAGUCGACUGGACGACACUGCGGGGAACAGGUCGAGCCGGAGUUUCAGCCGAGAGUCAAAAGUCCAGCCUCACACAAGGAUGGCAGAGAAGAAGCUCAACCAACGCUGACUGAUGCAGACAGUUUGUCCGCUGUGGAGGGACGACUCUCAGCAUUGGAAGCUCAAAUAGAGAGUCUUCUGUCUGGACUAGACAGGCUCAGGAUCCUGGAGAAACGCUUGGAGGAACUUGAAAGAUGGAAAAACACAGACAAGACCAGAUUCCAGAAUGGAGGAGAAGUCAUCACCAUAUGCAAAGAGAGCUGGGAAAAUCUGAUGAGCAGAGUCCUGUUACUGGAAACUAAACUGGAACUGAGCAAUGUACAGUUAAAUGUCGCACCACCACCUCCAGCAUCUACCACCUCCAGCUCCAUGUCUGCUGCCUCUAAGGAGGACAUCAAGGAAAAGCUAGAGAGCAUCACUAAUAUGCUGAAGAUCACCUCCAGUCUGUUGAAGAACACUGACUCCUCCACCUCGCCCUGCAACUAAAUUAUGAUAAAUGAUCCCACUACAAUCUUAGCAAACUGUUCUGUCUACUUGGCUUUGUUAAACCCAAUAAAACCUAUUUAUCACCAUA